ACAACAACAAAGAUGUGGCGCUGCGUCUCUCGUGGCUUUCGAGCUCCUUCUUCAAAGACCUCUUCCCUCUUUGAUGGCGUCUCUGGAUCUCGCUUUCCCAGAUUCUUCUCCACCGGUUCCACCGAUACGAAAUCCUCUUACACGAUAGUGGAUCACACCUACGAUGCGGUUGUUGUGGGAGCUGGUGGUGCUGGACUUAGGGCGGCGAUUGGGUUAUCGGAGCAUGGCUUUAACACGGCUUGCAUUACUAAGCUAUUCCCCACCAGGUCACAUACUGUCGCUGCUCAGGGUGGUAUUAAUGCUGCACUGGGAAAUAUGUCCGAAGAUGACUGGAGAUGGCACAUGUAUGACACUGUCAAAGGAAGUGACUGGCUAGGUGAUCAAGAUGCUAUCCAGUAUAUGUGUAGAGAGGCACCAAAAGCAGUUAUUGAACUUGAGAAUUAUGGUCUGCCGUUUUCUCGUACUGAAGAGGGGAAAAUUUACCAGCGUGCAUUUGGUGGUCAGAGUCUUGAUUUUGGAAAAGGUGGUCAGGCCUAUCGUUGUGCUUGUGCUGCGGAUCGGACUGGGCAUGCUCUGUUGCAUACUCUCUAUGGACAAGCCAUGAAGCAUAACACACAGUUCUUUGUUGAAUACUUUGCCUUGGAUUUGCUCAUGGCUAGUGAUGGCAGUUGCCAGGGUGUAAUUGCACUAAACAUGGAAGAUGGAACAUUGCAUCGUUUCCGCUCUGCACAAACAAUUUUGGCCACUGGGGGGUACGGCAGAGCAUACUUCUCUGCAACCUCAGCACAUACUUGCACAGGUGAUGGAAAUGCCAUGGUUGCACGGGCCGGUCUUCCACUCCAGGACUUGGAGUUUGUUCAAUUCCAUCCAACGGGUAUAUAUGGGGCCGGAUGUCUCAUCACUGAAGGAUCUCGAGGUGAAGGUGGUAUCCUGAGAAACAGUGAAGGUGAACGUUUUAUGGAACGAUAUGCUCCUACAGCCAAGGAUCUUGCAUCAAGAGAUGUUGUCUCCAGAUCCAUGACUAUGGAAAUCAGGGAAGGUCGUGGUGUAGGACCGCAUAAGGAUCAUAUCUAUCUGCAUUUGAAUCAUCUUCCUCCAGAAGUUCUAAAAGAAAGGCUUCCUGGAAUCUCUGAGACCGCUGCCAUCUUUGCUGGUGUUGAUGUUACCAAAGAGCCAAUUCCAGUAUUACCCACGGUUCAUUAUAACAUGGGUGGUAUCCCGACAAACUACCACGGCGAGGUAGUUACCAUCAAAGGUGAUGAUCCUGAUGCAGUGAUUCCUGGGCUAAUGGCUGCUGGAGAGGCAGCUUGUGCAUCUGUUCAUGGUGCCAACAGGCUUGGUGCAAAUUCACUGCUCGACAUCGUCGUGUUUGGUCGUGCCUGUGCAAAUAGAGUUGCAGAGAUAAGCAAGCCAGGGGAGAAACAGAAACCUCUUGAGAAGGACGCGGGUGAGAAGACUAUUGCAUGGCUGGACAGGUUGAGAAACUCAAACGGUUCGCUUCCUACUUCAACUAUUAGAUUGAACAUGCAGAGAGUUAUGCAGAACAACGCAGCUGUCUUCCGCACACAAGAAACAUUGGAAGAAGGUAGUAAAAAUAUCUAACCUUGUUCUACAUUC